AUGAGAGCAGGUGGGGGCCGGUUCUCGGCAAACGCCAGGUUCGCCUGUGUGAGUUUCAGAAGCAGCCCAGGUUCGCCUGCGACCAAUGGAGAGGUGCCCUUCGCUCGACCAAAGUCGGACUUCGAACCGACGUUACCCAGCAAACCAAAAACGCUGUCCGGUGACUGGGGGGAGAGAGCCAGUGACCUAGAUCUCAUGAGCUUCGACGAGCUCUCCUCUACCUCAGAAAAGCUGUCUCACCCAACCACCAGCAGACCAAAGAUGCCGGGGAGGAGGCUGCCUGCUCAGUUUGCGACAGGCCAGUCUCCCGUUAAGGAGACCGAUGUUGAGAAAAACCAGAGGCCAGAGGAGGAGGACGUUCCCAAGCCAAAGCCGUCAGACGUGAAAAAGCCAUCCCUGACCGUCAUCUCCUCGACCCCCUUGACCAAACCGAGCGCGGUCAGCGCCCCCGCGGUCGAGCUCAAGCCCAAAGCCAGCGGAGACGAGGACAAGGCGUCUGAGCUGGAGGAACUCAGGACUCAGAUGAGGGAGCUGCUGCAUACUGUAGAGUUAAUGAAGACGCAACAAAUGAGAGAAAUCAGUGACCUGAGGCUGGAGUUGGAUGAAGAGAGGUUGAAAAGAGUUUCCUUACAGGUGGAGAUAGAGAAACUAAAGAGGGCUGUCCAGGCCACAUGAGAGAGUCUGACUUCAAGGACAGCCAUGGAAAAAUGUCCACCAUCGUCCUGCCCCCCAAACUCCCCAAACCCCCUCCUCGAGCUUUGCAGGAAAAACCGGAUGAAAAUCUCACUCGUGUAAUUCUUUUAGUAAUAAUCGAUCUGUUCCACAUUUUGUUAGAUUUCGGUUCUUUUGCACAUAAGGUUUUCUAGCUAUAGAAAGGUGUAAUUAAAUACAGAUGUAUAUGUUCUUUUUGUUUUCUUUUUCUUUUUUAUUGGAAUUAUAAUGUUUUUUUUUUGCCAAUAUAAGUAAUUUUGAGGCCUUAUGUACUACUGUACUGGACCUGCAGUCUCCAUUCAUUGAAGAAUGCUUGAGGACUGCAUACAAUACUACUGAAUCGGUAUAAAGGGAUUGGGGAAUCUUUCUUUUUAUGACAUGCAGGUAGUUUUAUUUUUUAAGAUUGCAUUUAUGGUAUAACUGCAGUUAGAACUGUCCAUAUUAGCCUCUUCAAACCAUAUUGAUAAGAUAACCCACCCUUUGCUGUAGCGGUGAUAUACUCUAUUGCUAUAUCAAAAGGGAGAGAUGCUUUUGUUUUCUAACAUUCCUAUCCAGGGUAACACUAUUGUGCCUGUUUAAGUUCGAGAAAUGUUAAUAUUGGGAGAUUGUAUAUCAAAAAAAAAAAAAACUUAGUUACAGCAUGGUAUAUUUUUUACGGUCUACUGUUGUGCUUAUUAGUAGGAAAACAAUCUUUUGUUUCUGUUUUGUUUUUAUUACAGUCAUAUGAAAUGGAUCUUUCAGAAAACAGAUUUGAUUUGAAUAUUGGUAUCAGUGUAUAUUAUCUAGGGCAUAUAUUCAGUUGUAAUACAAAUAUAGCGAGGCAGCCCUACUUGAAAUCAAUGGUUUAUGAAAUAAGCCUGUAUGUUUAUGGUCCACGGGAGAAAAAAGCAUAGCUUCUUUGAGGAGUGGGUUUCAGCCUGCACGGUUCCGGCUCAUUGGCUGCCGAACGUUCCGGAAGGUAACGCGACGCGACCUCAGCCGCCGUCGCAAAAGGUCACCUUUCCACGAGGUUCUGAGAAACAUCGCACCCAGCUGUGUGCUACGGGGGCGGUGCCUGGCCACGGUUGAAUAAAUCUCAGCCAGGAAACGGUCUUAAUAUUUGGGUGGGAAAAAAUAAGUGCAACUUAUUACUAUGUAACUAGGAAAAUAUAUUAUUUCGUUAGCAUCAAAUAGAGCCUCGGGCUUGCUGUCAAUUCCAUUUCGAUUUAGUCGGUUCAGGGGAUUCAUUGAAACUCUGUUCAUGUAGUGGAAAAAAAAUGCCCAUGGUGUUUUUUUUAAAAAAUAAAUGAAUUGAAUUUCAGUUAAUUGACUGAAUUGGAACGGAAAUGACCCAGCCCUGCGGAGCAUAGUAGGAAGGAUGAUGUGCAAGGGAAUGACGAUGGACGAUUUUAGCGAUGAGAACUACACAAAAAAACUAAAAUAACGUACUGUAAAUUAUGAACAACCAUUAUGUCUGUUGAGAUACUGUAACCGUGUGAGGCGAUGUGUGAGGGUGAGGAGUGAGUUCUGGGAAAUGCCAUCUGAUGCGUCGGCCUUAGAGCAUACUUGAUUGACAGAUGGCUAUUUUUUUAUAGUUGGUCUAGAGAGAAUAUAUUGCCCAUAUUCAGUCUCUGCAGAAGAUCAGUACUUAUGGCCCAUAUUCAAAUAUGGCGGUAGAUCUGAACAUGUGACCCAAUGUCACGAUCUGGGCGCUUUUUGAAGUUCUCCCACUAUUCUGCCAUUUCAAUAAAAAAAACAAAUUUGUUAUGUAAUUGAUGGUAUAAUAAUUCAGGACAGAGCAUCAUAUUGGCUAGGUUGAAUCUGAGCCUGCAUCUCAUGAUAAAAUUAGCCGCCCCCCCCCCCCCCCCCCCCACACACACACACACACAAACACACCCAGCCAGUCUGUGAUGUAAAAGAUGAAUUUAGUGUUCUGUUUUUUUUUGUUUGGGAGAAUUGUGCUUCAAAAUCUUUUUUGCAUUUCCUACCACCCACUCCAAGCAUCUCAUACAUUUAUUGCUUUGACUCAUUUAUAUUUGUAAAAUAUAUGUUCAUUUUCCACAAAUGUCUUACGCACUUCCAGGAAGUUGAAUAUUGUUCAGAUAGGUACACUAGGAAGUGUACUUUGAUCAGGAGCUUUAUCUAAUCCACGAGAGAAUAAAUAUGUGAGACAUUCCUGAGGGACCAAUGCGUGUGUUGGUGGAGGGAUGAAAAGAUUUCGUGAGUGCGUCUUUACUCUUCUGGGAAAAAAAAAUGUUGAGCCCCAAAGCAAUAAACAAAUUUACCGUUUCUCUUUGGAUGGUAUAUUACCCUGUCCACAUAAUUAGCCAGUUUUCUGCAGUGUUCACAGUGGUUUUGUAUGGAUGUAUAUUAAAAAUUCAGCAUGACGUCUAUGGGGGGGGGGGGGGCAUUGCAGGUGGGUGGGAUCGUUUCUGGAGUUUCUUGGUUUUUGGCUGUGUUUUGGGGGACCUUGGUUGAACACAUUCCAUUUUAUAAAACCAAGUUAGGAAAUCUACAGUACGCAUAUUUAACAUCUCUUCCCAAUGAUCUUGUUUACAUGUGCUGUAAAAUUGCAUGAACUGAGAUUUUUUUUUUUUUUUCAAAAAUGAAUAAAUAUCUGCUUUAUUUACA